CUCUUGCUGAAGAUUGUGUAUGAUGAUGCUGACAGUGAUAAACUAGGGUUUUUCCAAAAUCUCAGUUUUCCGAUUAAGACUUCUCGAUCUAAAUCAUUUCCGAGUUUUCCAAAAUUUUGAAUUUAGAAAUUCUUUCUAACUGUUUGCGAAAAUCUUUGAUUGCUUAAAAAUUUUAUUUGUUAAUCCGAAUAAGAAUAAGAAUAAGAAGAAGUUGCAGAAGAAGAAGAAGAAGAAGAGGCGAGAAUGGUUGCACACAAAAAAGGUGCAUCUAGAGGUUCAGAGGAGCCGGAGGAAUUGGCACGUGUGCCCUUGCAGGCCAUCCUUUUGGCUGAUAGUUUCACUACCAAGUUCCGACCAAUCACCCUUGAACGCCCCAAGGUACUAUUGCCAUUGGUAAAUGUCCCAAUGAUCAAUUACACCUUAGCAUGGCUUGAAUCUGCCGGUGUCGAAGAGGUUUUUGUUUUCUGCUGUUCUCAUUCCAAACAAGUCAUUGAUUAUUUGGAGAAUUCUGAGUGGUUUUCUCAACCAAAUUUCUCUGUCACUAUGAUAGAGUCGCACAAUUCUGUGAGUGCUGGAGAUGCUUUACGCUUGAUAUACGAGCGCAAUGUGAUACAUGGUGACUUUGUCCUAAUUAGUGGAGAUACUGUAAGCAACAUGUCACUUACACAGGCCCUUCUAGAACAUAAGGAGAGAAGAAAAAAGGAUAGUAACGCUGUAAUGACAAUGGUGAUUAAACGAUCAAAGCCUUCUCAGAUUGCACUGCAGUCUCGACUUGGCACUGACGAACUUUUUAUGGCAAUAGAUCCAAAUACGAAGCAACUGUUGUAUUACGAGGACAAGGCAGACCAUUCAAAAGGAUCUAUAUAUCUAGAUAAGUUGUUGCUCGUUGAAAAUACUUCGAUAUCUCUGCACAAUGACAAACAGGAUUGCUACAUUGACAUCUGCUGCCCAGAGGUUCUCAGCCUUUUUACUGACAAUUUUGAUUACCAACAUCUACGGCGCCAUUUUGUCAAGGGAUUGCUUGUUGAUGAUAUUAUGGGUUACAAAAUAUUCACACAUGAAAUUCAUUCAAGCUAUGCGGCUAGAAUUGACAAUUUCCGCAGUUAUGACACUGUCAGUAAGGACAUAAUUCAGCGAUGGACAUAUCCAUUGGUGCCAGAUGUUAAGUUUUUUGGGAACUCUUCAGUUAAAUUGGAAAGACAGGGAAUGUAUCGAGCAUCAGAAAUAGGGCUAUCACGUUCUGCGCAAAUUGGUCCUUUUACUGUCAUUGGAAAUGGCACCAAAAUUGGGAACCAUACUACAAUUACGAACUCAGUUAUUGGGGAAGGGUGUAAUAUUGGAUCAAAUGUUUCAAUAGAAGGUUCCUAUAUUUGGGAUAAUGUCACCAUUGGAGAUGGUUGCAAGCUAAGGCAUGCAAUAGUUUGUGCUGGGGUGAUAAUGAAGUCUGGAGCAGUUUUGGAACCUGGUGUAAUAUUGUCUUUCAAGGUAUUAGUAGGGCAACAAUUUGUUGUUCCUUCAUACUCAAUGGUAUCUUUACUUCAACAGCCAACUAAGCAAGAUAGCGAUGAGGAGUUGGAGUAUGCUGACAAUAGCAGUGGGAUUGUAGAGAUACCAUCAUUUGCAGGUACAUCGGACAAAUCCAAUGGGGAGAUGACAUCAGAACAAUCAGAGUCACAAUGUUGGCCUGCAUCACAGCUUGGUAGUGGUGGAGCUGGUUAUAUUUGGUCAAUUUGUGAAGGAGCCUAUGAUGAAGAAUGGAGGCAUUCAGUUGCUCCCAUUCCUGCAGAUAAACUUGCUGAGGCAAUGGAUGCUGCAGAUGAUGACCAAGAGUUGACACAAGAUGGCAGUAUUCUUCCACCUUCAGGAGAGUUGAAGCCUGAUUCAAACGACUCAGAAGAUGAUGAUAAUGAGGAUUCUAGAGAUGAAAUGAUAUACUUUGAGAAAGAGGUUGAAGCAACAUUUUUAAGAGCUGUGCAUGAAAAUAUCAAAGUAGACCAUGUAAUCUUAGAAGUUAAUUCACUUAGGUUGUCAUACAACAAAGUAGCUGCAGACUGUGCUGGAGCUAUAUUUUAUGCAAUGAUGAAAUUGGCUUUAGAAACCCCUCAUACUUCAGCUGGUGAAUUGCUUCAAAAUGCAACUAAUGUAAUUACGAAAUGGAAGAAGCUUUUGAAGUAUUACCUAGCAGAUAUAGAUGAGGAGAUGGAAGUAAUACUUAGAUUUGAAGAAAUGUGUUUGGAGUCUGCUAAGGAAUUCUCGCCAUUAUUUACGAAGAUAUUAAUUCAGUUGUAUGACCAAGAAGUCAUACAAGAAGACGCUAUUCUUAGGUGGGAUGAUGAAAAAAAAGAUGCCGAUGAGUCGGAUAAAAUUUAUGUUAAGCAAGCUGAAAAGUUUAUUCAAUGGUUGAAGGAGGCAUCUGAAGAAGAAGAUGAAGAGGAGGAAGGGGCAGAUUCAUAAUUCUCAUUUGGCACAUAAUGAUGUUUUUAAGUUGAACGCAAGUUGAUGUAUAAUUUUUAACACCCUUGUAUUCCUUGUAUUGUAAAAAGCCAAAAGCUCUCUUUUUUUCUUCUAAGACUUCACCCUCUCUCUCUCUCUCUCUCUCUCUCUCUCUCACAUGAACUGUCAAAUUCUUCUCCUGCAAACUUGUGAAAUUGAAAUUUUUUGUUUUAGCAUAUUUCCUAGACCAUAUCAGAGUUCAUGGAAAUCUAAUACGUUACAAUAAUGUAGUAUUGUUUUGAUCAAAAUUUUAUAUAUUAAUUUAAUGAUA